AUGUUUAAUUUCACGCCAACAACUCAUCACCAUUCAGCUGCAUCUGAAGAAUGUAUGUCGGCGAAGGCUUUCAACGGGAAUCAGCAGCUGUCCACCCAUGAGGAAUCUCUUGCCUUUAACCUGCCACCCGAACCAUUAGCCCCCAGUAUUGAGCCCUGUAAAGAGAUUGACAAUUUCCUCAAUUUUCAUCAUACGCUCAAAUCGAACGAAAGUACUUCGAUCGCUGAGCUGAACGGUAGUGGAAAUGAUGAUUCCUUUCUGCCCAACGAUUUGUGCUACGAUCAGUCGUCACAGUUUACAACUCAGACACAGCUCAGCUACCCGUUCGAGGACGCACAGUCCUUCACUUCGGGCGAGUUUCUGGAUCCCUUUUACGAGCAGCUGUACUCAACGUACGAGACGCAUCCCCCGGAUCGGGAUUUAAUUUUGCGCUCCUGCUCUGUUAGUACGAGCGGCUCGGACACAACGUAG